UUUUUUUUAAUGUCAUGUGGGAAAAUUGCAGCAACAACUUUUAUUGCGUUACAACUUUGUUUAGAAUAAAAUUCUCUGUUUAAUUAAAAGUAAAACUAGUUUAUAAUGUUUUAUAUUUAAUUUUGAACUUUUGCUACAUAUAAUAUUUAUUACGAGAGUAUGCUAGUUAUGGCUAGUCAAAAUACACGUGUUGCUAAAAAGCGUAAAUGGAUGGGAAAAGAAGAAAAGACUAACAAUGACGACGAGAUUGUGGUACCUGGAAAUGAAAUGAAUCUGUUUUCAACACUAAAAACUCUUAUAUGGCCUGCUAUCAGUGAAAAGAAAAAAAGAAUAGACGAAAAUGGAAAUGACGAGCAAGUUCUAUGUAUGUCAUCGUAUGAAAAUAGAUCUUAUGAUGCUAAUAAUCAAUCUAUAAAUACUAAUACCUUUCAGAAUGAUAAUAAAAUUUUUAAACCUGAUUGUGAUAAAAAUAAUGAAAAGUAUGUACAUAAAGGAAUCAUUGUUACUACAGAAUGUAACAAUUAUAUUAGUGAUGAAAGUGAACAUGAAUCCAUUAGUGAUGAAUUUGAUUAUGAAAAUUAUGAAAAUGAUAAAUUAAAAACAACUAACCAAACAAUAUUAGGAUCUAUUUUUUCUCCAGUUCUUUCUUUCUUUAAUAAACCAUGUAGCAAAACAGUUUAUAAUGCACAUGAUUCAACUGUUUCACAAAAUCUUGAUGGAAAUAACUUUUCAUACACUGAAAUUAAACCUUUUCAUUCAAUUUUACAGCAAGAAGAAAAAACAGAUGAGUUUGAUCCUUUUUAUUUUAUAAAACAUAUCCCACCUCCUCCAUCAGAAGCUUAUUUGCGGAAAACUGUACUUCCAUUACCAACACGAAGAACUCCCCAAAUGACUUUAGUUUUAGAUUUAGAUGAAACCCUUGUUCAUUGUAGUCUUAGUAAACUUGAAGCAUACAACAUGACGUUUAAUGUAGUUUUUGAUAAUGUGACUUACCAACUUUUUGUGAAAUUACGACCUCAUUUACUUGAAUUUCUGGAAAGAGUAUCAAAGUUAUAUGAAGUUAUUUUAUUUACUGCUUCUCGUCGGGUUUAUGCAGACAAACUUUUAAACAUUAUCGAUCCACGUAGGCAGUUUUUUCGCCAUCGUUUGUUCAGAGAACAUUGUUUGCAUGUUCAGGGAAAUUAUAUCAAAGAUCUGAAUAUUCUAGGGCGUGACUUAGAGCGUACCAUGAUUGUUGAUAACUCUCCACAAGCCUUUGCAUAUCAAAUGGCAAAUGGUAUUCCAAUUGAAUCCUGGUUUAUGGAUGAAAAUGAUUGUGAGCUAUUAGAGUUGUUACCUUUUCUUGAGAAGUUAGCAGAAGUAAAUGAAGAUGUAAGACCACACAUUAGAGAUAGGUAUCGUCUACACGAGCUUCUACCUCCUUGAUAUUUUAAUAGUUUUUUUUUGUCAUUAAAAAAGCUAUUGCAAAAUUGAUAUCAGUUAUUUUUUUCAAAUUUGUAUAUACAUUAUUUUACUAUUUUGUGUUAAAACUGAUUGUAUUUAAAUGUGCUAAGUUUAUAAAAUUAAAAAAAUGGGAAGCAA